AUGAUCAACAAGGUCGGCCUCGAGAUGACCCCGCGCACCGUCUACACCACCAUCUUCGUCACCCUGUCGCCCGCCCUGCUCGUCCUCUUCUUCGCCCUGUUCCAGCGCGACCGCGCGCCCCCGCCCCCGCCAGGAUGCACGAGGCUUGGCGUCCCCGGCCGCGGCAACUUCGAAGACCAGUACUCGAAGAAAUACGCCAAGGGCGGCGACCCCACGAAAGAGAAGCCCUGGACCGUGAAAGCCCUGUUCGUCUACCCCCUCAAGUCCGCGCGCCCCAUCGAGCUCGACAACACUGAAGUCCUGCCCUCCGGCCUGAAAUACGACCGCCACUUCGCCCUCGCCCACCGCGUCACCAGCCUGCCCUCGCCCACGGGCAAAGUCACCUCGGAAUGGCAGCCCCUCACCGCCGCCAAGUUCCCGCGCAUGGCCACCCUCGAGACCGCCCUCUGGAUCCCCGAUCCCUCCGCGCGCGGCUACGCCCCAGACAGCCCGUGGGUGCGCGCCGGCGGGUGCCUCAGCAUCCGGUUUCCGUUCUCCCAGGACACGGAUUUCUCGCUCCAGGGGCUGCGCGCCUGGGGCAAGAUCCUGGCCGCUCAGCUCGGCGGGCGCCCGGAGCCGAUGCUGGAGAUCCGCGUCCCGCUCGAUCCGCCCGCGGACCGCAUCAAGAGCACCGGGUGCGGGACGCAGGAGCUGCGGGUCGGCGCCACGGGCGUGCGUGCGCUGGAUCUCGGACCCGAGGUUGACGCCGAGAUGCUGGCGCGGCUGAAGUACACGCUGGGCACCACGAACCCGAUCAGCUUGUUCCGCGUCCCGACCGCGGGGGUGCGCGAUGUGUGUCGGCCUAAGGGCGAGAAGGGCGUGGAUUCUUACCCACUAACCCUCCUCCCCCUCUCCACCCCCCACGCCCUCGCCGCCGCGCUCCCGCGCUCCCAGGCCAUCGAGGAGAUGUUCAAGUUCCCGACCAUCGACGCGCUCUCCUUCCGCGCAAACAUCUACGUCACUGGCCCGCCCGCGUUCGCCGAGGAUUCCUGGACGAAGGCGAGGAUCGGCGGGGUCGAGGUCGCGGUUGCGUGUCCACGGGAGCGGUGCGAGGAGGAUGGGGAGGGCGGGUUUAGGGUUGUUGGGGAGGGGAAACAGGGUGUUGGGGUGUUGGGUGGGGUUGUAAGGGAGGGGCCGAUUAAGGUGGGAGAUCAGAUUGAGGUGUUGGCGACAGGGACGGGGUCGUUUGUGGCUGCGUGA